CAAAUCCAUAGGAGACGCGUCGAAGUUCGAAGUGCUCAAAUGCUCAGAAGGAACUCUCAAUUGAAUGGAGUAGGCCGGCGUCGCUGGACACCUUCGGAAACCCUGCGUAACAAUCAAGCAAAGUGAGCAGCGUCAGACAGCUCAGCUUAUUCUCAGCUGCUGAAGUUGGUCAGCGACUUUGGGCAUGCAAAACUUUGCGGAGCUCCAGCUCACCGCUGCUCACCGUCCAACAUUACUGCCGCGGGAGACGAUCUCCGUACUGCAGAAGGAGGUGGGCUUAUAUGAAGGGAAAGUGCGCCUGCAGGAACACGAUAGUGGGGUAGCUUUCGUCACAACACACAGACUGCUAUGGGUGGACGAUGCUCGUGAUACGGGGCUGCAGCUACCCUUGUCCAUAGUCCAGGAUGUAGACUCUGCGGCUGGAAUAUGGAAAGCUUCGUCUCCGAAAAUCACAUUGACUCUCGCUGGAAGACCUGGCAGUGGCUCCGCGCGCCUAACCGCAACUGCCGAGGCGAGGGCUACUUUAGAUGGAGGGAGGGACGGUUCAUCCUUCCGGCCGUGGACAUGCGAGAUUUGCGCCCAAGAGAACACGCGGGAGCCUGUGAAAUGCGAGCUCUGUGGAGUCCAGAGGACUGUCCCGCCGAACGAAAGCAUUGAUGCCUCUGCCAGCGCAGAUGGCCGCUCAGAUUCCCCCGUGCGGAGCCAGAAACGAUGCCCCGCUUGCACCUUCCUUAAUCAUGCCGCCCUACCAUACUGCGAGAUGUGCCAAGCACCUUUACCUGCUGAUAGGAACGACAGUGUGCCGAACCCUGAGCCUGCAAGUCCAUCCAUCGCCUCCAUAAAGCUGUCGUUCCGCAACGGAGGCAUGUCAGAAUUCCUCAAGGCUCUGAAAGCUUCGCUGGUCGAGAAGGCGUGGGAGCGGGAUGUACCAGAAGAAAAACCUCUGCGCAGUGCUCCUUUACAGCCAUCACCGGGUCUUGGCGGAAUCACGAGCAUUAUUCGAUCUGUUGAGCAAAGUAACCAGCGGACGGGGGAUACGCUUGGAGAAGCCUUCACUGACCUGGAUGCAUUGAUGGCCAAGGCAGCGGACAUGGUGCGCUUGGCUGAGGACAUCAGCACAAAACUUGCGCAGACGAGCACCCCAUCAGGCGAUGAGUCCUCGGAAAUGGUGGCUUUCCGUUCAUACCUGAUAGACUUAGGGAUAUCCAGCCCGGUGACCAAAAAAUCAACCGGAAACCUAUAUACGAAGCAACUAACGCGGCAGUUAGCGGAUUUCUUGGAGAAAGUGCUAGCAAAGCAUGGUGGCAUGAUAGCCCUGACGGACCUCUACUGUCUCUUCAACCGCGCCAGGGGAACAGCUCUAAUAUCACCAAAUGAUCUGCGCACAUGCUGCAAUACAUUCGAGGAAUUACGACUUCCGUACCGUGUCAGAAAGUUUGACAGUGGUCUCUUGGUAGUGCAGUCUAGCAAUCAUCGGGACGAGGAAGUCAUAGCCCGCGUUCAUGCACAUGUCCGUGCCGCUAAAGACGGACUUCAGGCCCAGGACCUUGCCACAUUGGAGCAUGUGUCUGUUGUGCUGGCAGCGGAACAGCUUUCGAUGGCUGAAAGUCAUGGGGUUAUAUGUCGGGAUGAUACGAUAGAGGGGUUACGAUUCUUUCAUAAUAUCAUGGUUGAUUGAUUGAGAACGUAAAUAGGAGCACAUUGAGACAAUUGAAUGUAAACUAAGAUGUGCUGGAUGACGAGGACGUCAAGGGAGAGAUUGUUUUAGUCGGGUAAUCUUGAUAUAGGUGUUCGCGAUCAGCGUAUAGUGAAAGAGGAAGGUACUGUAGGAAUACUCCGUGACGUGAGCGGUCAAUCGUGCCUGGACCCUGUCAAAUGGAGCCCAACAACCUUAAACCCGGUAAAGCUUUAUCACGCCUGCAAUAAAUCUGCAC